CAUCGCAGUUGCAAAUUGUAUGUCAUCACCCAAAAUCUCAACAGGCCAACCAGGAAGGCCUCCUGCCAUCAGUUCUACUUACACAGUGGUCAGCUCUGUUGGGGGGACGUUCUCCAAACCACUGCAUUGCUGCAGAGCUCAAAGCUGCUCCACUCCACUUAGUGAGUGCGACAGAAACAUUACCAACUUGAAUCAACCCCAUUCAGCCAUUAUUAACAUUGAGCAUCAUAUAGUGGCCAGUGAUGACUGUAGUACUGCAUGUAGCCCAAUGAACGCCUCCAAAUUUAAUUUCUACACCCGCUUGCACAAAACACAGUCACCUGUAGCAAAGAAACUAUCCUUGGAUGAGACAAGUGUAAAUGAGCCUGCAGUGGUAAACGGAAUGGAAAAUGCCGAAGAUAUGAGUUUGAUCUGCGAGGAAGAUUUGUUGGAUACGAUUUUUUAUGCCUGCGACACAAAGCACAGAGGAAAAGUGCCUGUUUCUAUGAUUGUGGACUACCUGCGACACACCACAAGCCGUAGUUCUGAGGACAGUGGCCUUGAGGAUUUGUGUAACAUGCUGGACCCAGAUAAUAAGGACGUGUCCAUCGAUCUGGGCACCUAUCGUGCAGUCAUGAAAGAAUGGAUUGAAGACUGUAGAAGGAAAAGUUUCCAUGAAGACACUCAAGAAGUUGUAAAUGUUAAUGAAGAUGUUGUCCAACAUCGUGAUGCUGUUGUAGCAGGAAUCAAAUUUUCUGAUGCAACUGAUGGAACAGUGGGAAGCUUGGAGGCACUUGGUGGGGAAAUUUCGAAAGGAGACUUGGAGACGUCCGAUUUAAUUUCUUGUAUUGCUGAUCUCCAAUACAACCACCAAAAACUUCAGGACCAGAAUCUGAAGUUGCGAUUGGUGGUUGAGGCCACAGAAGAAAGUAAUCAUCGAUUAAUGGAGGAGAAUGAAGAGCUCCUCACCCAGGUCAAGAGUGCUCAGCAGACCAUUUUAAUAGAAAAGUCUUUGAAAGAAGAUCUGGAAGAUUUGAGGACACAGAUAUGUACUUUACAAGAGAGCAAUGAAAAGCUUAUCCUUCAGAAUAAGCAAGAGGCGAAGGACAAUCAAUCCCUAAUUCAGAAGAUUGCCUCACUCCAGGAAGAGAAUCUAAAAAUUGCCAUAGAGAUGGAGGCACUUCAUGACAGGAUUGCUGCGCUGUGCAAUGAUAAGACAGAGCUUCAGAUGCGGUUAACUGAUCUUGAUAAUCUAAUGCACAACAAGGAUGCGGCUUUGCUCAAGAGGGAUAAUCAUAUUGAGGAACUAAAGAAUUCCAUUGUUGAAUAUUCCUUGGUGGUAGAGGCCUUGAGAAUGGAGAAGACGGAAUUAGAAAAUCAACUGCUAACACAACAGGAGUUAGCUUCUGAGUGCAUUAAGUUGCCGGACAUCUCCCAAGAUGGAGACGACCUAACCAAGAGGCCAAGCUCCUUGCAGUCAGAGCUUUUAAAUGCUCAAUGUGUUUUUGAGGUGGACAGUUCUGAAUGGUCGACGGUCUCUGAACGCACCUUUGAGACCCUGGAUAAGGAGGUCUUAAUGCUAAUGCAAGGCCCAAGGACAGAGGAGGCUACUAUUCGAUUCAAAACGAUCACAACUCGGAUGACAAAGGAGCUCUCUGGAGAAAUUGAGACGCUGGUGACGUGGUUGAAACAAAUAGGUGAACUGAAAAUAAACUGUGAAGGUCUGAGUGAAGCUAAGCUUGAGCACCUGAGGAAUAAUCUGCAGGAAAAAAGGCAUCUGUGGCUUCAGAACAUCUCCGACUUGGAAGAACAGAAGCUGGCUGCGGAUCAUGAGUAUAUCAGAUUGGCGAGCAACUUUCGGAGAAGCAAAACGGAGCAACUGCACCUGAACAAGAGAGAAGCCACUAGGCUGCAAGAACUUGAAGCCCAGAAGCAGCUAACGGAGACAGCGGCAGCUGCUGUCAAACUUCAGCUGUACCAAGUUGCUCAACGGCUCGAAGAUCUGCAAAGAGAGGUCUGUGACAAGAACGCUGCAUUAGCCUCAGUCAGAGCGGAGACACAAGUGUUACAGCAUGAACUGGAGGAAGCUGUCACUGGGAGGCAGAACCUUCACUCAAUAAAUCAAGCUCUAUCAGAUACCAUCAAAACACUGGAACAAAACCUAAGCCAGCAGCAAAACCCAGCAUUUUGUUGGCCUUCCCUGAGCAACGAUGUGAAAGUGACAGUGCCGUGCAUUCUGGGGCUGCUGCAGCUGCAUGGAACCAUUCAAUCACUGAGCGAGAAACUCUGCAAUCCACACAAUUCUUGCUGGAAGACUCAGACAAGACGUUGCUACAAAGGCUUGCAGAUAGAUAUUCCCCAAAAUUUGCAACUGAACCAAGUUCCUCAAGACUCACUGCCAUGUACUCGACAAUGGAUGCUCCUUAACUCUGUAACCCCAUACUCCUGCUCACCACUGCUGGAUGCCUUACUGUUGGAGGACUCUUAUCCAGUGCCUCCCUUCCAAACUUCCCUCAACAUUUACUGCAACAACGUGGAACAUCAAAAGCUUAUGGCUUCCACCAAUGAGCUCCUUGAUAUCCAGCCUAGGUGCACAUUGCACACAGCCCUGCGCGCCGGGGGAGAGACUUUUGUUCCUGCAACGAGCGGAGAGCACCUGAACAAGGUCAGAGCUGACAAAGAAGUGAACAGCCAUGAUCUGCUUCAACCCAGUGAAGACCUCGACCACAAUCUGCCUCAUCUAACGUGUACUGGCCCAGUGGAUAUCUCGACAAUGUCUGGUUCCAGUGUCUCGCAUACUUCCAUAAUGCGACCUGAUAAUGGCUUGCAGCCUCAGGAAGCUGUAAAAACGCUUGAUGCAGUUAGUGAAAACAAUGCUGAUAUGCAUGGCAAAAUUAGAGAUAGCACAACAGAUGGCCCAGGUCCUAUAGAUGGCGGCCUGCUCACCUGCAAACGCCAGAGUUCCAAGACAGAUCAAGUGGGGUCCAGGAACAAAGUGAAAAUUAACUUGGAAGCUACUCGAGGUUCUGUGGCUGUAGAGGAAUUAAGCCCAAAUGAACUGCAAGCUGUCCAUUCCAGACCACUCCAUGAUUUUCAAGCAGCAAAUUAUCAGUCUCCUGGUUGUAAGAUUCAGGAUCUGCUGAACCUACAGAGAACCUUGAAUACUGAACAGGAUGUGGAGGCUGAAUUUCUCCGAUUUUCAUUAGCUUUCAAGUGCGACAUCUUUACUCUCGAUAAGCGAUUGCGGCUGGAGGAGCGGUCCAGAGAUUUAGCUGAAAUAAAUUUGAAGAAAGAGAUUGAGAAAUGUCACCAUGCACUGCAGAUAGUGAAGCCUCUGUGUGAAGAACAGCAAUUGCUGGAGACCUUUGAGAAACUGGAGCAAAGUCUUGAGAUGCUCACACAGACGAUCAGCCGAGUGGCCAGUCGGGCUGAAGUGUUAGGAGCCAUUCACCAGGAGAUGCGGGUCAGCAAGGCUGUUGAAGUUAUGAUCCAGUAUGUUGAAAAUCUGAAGCGUAUGUACGCAAAGGAACACACAGAACUGGAAGAAAUGAAGCAGCUUCUAAAGAAUGGCAAUGCUGGCAACUCAUUCAGAGAAAUCCAAGAUGAGCUGCAAAAUAAGAAGUUCCUCUCUACGCAUACGUUUGGCAAAAAUGCCCCACGGAGAGUCAGCAUUGCAACAAUUCCGAGACACGUUGCAGGAGCACAGUUGGACACGUUGAAGCUGAAGGAAAUGGAUGAUGGAAGGAGGAAGUCUGAAGGAGACCAGGACAAGUUGCGAAACAAGCUCAACAGAAAGUUAAGCAGUUGGAAAAUUCUAGGAUGUAAAGAAAAAGAUCCAUGUACGGCACGCCCAACACUGCAUCGACUUAUAAGCACCUGUACCUGGGGUGACAAAAACAAUCAUUUAUCGAAUAAGGGGAAUGCACCAGCAUUGGAUUCACAAGACGAAGAGAAAGAGGAGGACGUGGAAGAAGCUAUCUUAACUGAACCAGAAAAGAAGUCUCCAAAUGCUGAGCCAUGUGUUGUUUAUAGAGGGAUAUCGCGGCAUCUUGUGGAAUUGUGGGAUACGUUUUCCAAAGGUGACCGAUUGCCUUGGCUGCCUAUUAUACUUUUUUUCUCACUAAGCAUUUUGGGCAGCUUUCUCAUUGGCUGGACAUUCCACACAUCUGUUGAUGCUGCCUCCGUGGUCUCUGGGGACUCCUGGAAAGCGAUACAGCAGUUUCUAUGGCCUUACACAGAACUUCGACACAAUGGGCAGCCCCCUGUAUAACUUGCAGUUCCAUUUCCCAGCCAAGUGGGCUCUGCAUUGCAACUCUCAGACUCUUCUUGAUUUUCAGCUGAGUGGCUCAAAACGGAAUGGGAUUAUUUUAAAACUAAAGUACGUUGUUUAAGAUUUUAGCUUUGACAAAUUAUGGUACACAGGAAAACAUUAAAUAGUGGUCAAAACACUUUUCUGGAUUGUCUCUACGUUUGAAAAAUUUUUUAUGAUACAGUAGGUGAUUUUACAAUAGCUGUUCAACUCUAAUUUUUUGCCUAUUAAAGACAAAUUUGGUCACUAAAACAGGUAAAAUAUUUUGGCUGUUCUUUAUGUCAAGUUCCCAAUCAUCGUUUUUAAAUGGAUAAAUAUUAAUGUAAAAAGCAGCAAGAUUAACAUGUCUAUGAAGUUAAUAAGUUUAGAUGUACUUGUGUAAAUCAUACUCAAUAAAGUCUUCAGUUAACCUGCACUGUGUGUGUGACCACCUUCGUGGCCUCUAGAAUU